AUGAAGUUCAUCACAGACACAGUUUUAAGCAGGAGCAGAACAGGAUCUCGCAGACAGAUUCUAAAAUCUGUGCUGCUUUAUCUCUGGGACGUUUACUCUGCGCGUACACCUGCGGGCAGAGACGUCCUGACUCUGCUGUCCCUCUGUUUCACACUCGCCAUGAUUACUGGCGGCCUUCUUCAUCACUGGCUGUUCAGGACUCUGAGAUAUGACCAUGAGGCGUCCGUUCAGACGGCGUGCAUCUACAGCGUGGCUGUGUUUCUGCUCUCGUUCCUGUGUCACCCUCUGCGCUGUGUGCUGACCAUGAUUCUGCCCACUGUCUGCACCAAACAGGGCCGCAAACUCCUCAUCUCAGCCUCCGUCAUGAUCUUGGUGCUGAACGUCAUCCCUAAUAUCACGGUGAACGUUGGCGCCGUGGCCCACAUCCUGAAGUGCACCGCUGAGGGAUUUACAAAGACUCUGUUGAACUCAUCUGAACCCUUGAACAGGGCGAAGCAAGACCUGGUUGCAGAAACCAUCAAAGUGAAACGGGAAGACUUGAGCUUCGUCACUAAUUUGAGGAACUUGGACCAUUUCACUCACAUUGAUGUGUCAGAGGUUAAAGGCAGGUUUAAAAAGAUGAUUGGACAGAUGGAAGUCAACUUCUCCUAUGCCAGGAAUCUGCUCAAAGAGUGCAAACUGCUGUCGAACAGGAUCCUUGCUGCUAUUUUUGUUGCUCUGCUGAUCUUUGAAUCCUCGUGCUACUUGAAAUCUUAUCUGACGUCACUUCAGUUUGACAAUGGCCACUUCUCCAAAGAGCUGCUGAAAGAAAUGACUCCUGUCGGUGGCAAAAGACGGACUAAAAAUAAGAUCAGUGCCUCUUGCCGUAGAAUAACAACUCAGGAAUGUACCUCCUGCUUCAUAUCACUGGUCGUGGUGACGUUAUAUUACACUGCGAUCACGUUGAUAGUCGCUUUGGAUCAUAUUGUGUAUCAUAUAGUUCAUGUGAUUUUGCCUUUGUUGCUGGACUUUCCACCUACAUCUGCCAGCAUAAGUGUCAGUUAUAAGGUUCAGUGGUUCGCCCCCGCUCUCUGUCUCAUCCCACAAUACUGCGUCACACAAGAGUUGACAAACUUCCACAGGGACUACAAGUGGACCUUCAGCCCCGAGCCAUCGCUCUGCGACGUGACAACUUCAGCACCGAACCUGGGAGUCACUCUCCUGCUGGGCUGUCUCUGGCUGAUGAGCUACUCCCUGGUGUUCCUGGAGGUCUACGCCAGACGGCUGCGCAGGAAAAUCUCUGCAUCUUUUUUCAGAGAGCAGCAGGGGAGGAGAAUGGCCUACUUGAUGAAGAAAGUGCAGGCAAAGCAGAAUUUAAAGGAGCAGGAAGAGACAGUUUCUGUAGAGGUUGACAGUGGGUGAAGUUGUCACUGCAGUGUUUGACUUUCAAAUUUCAGUUUUUUUGGCCUUAGCAGCACAUUGCAGCACUACUCAGUAGAUCUUAUUCAAGAAUAAAAUAUUGAUUAUAAUAUAAUCAGGUUGUUGUAUUUUGAACCUGCAGAGAAUGAGACCUAUUGAUUUGUAUGUUUGUUUUUCCUGCCAUGCCAACAUAAGGUGGCCAGCAGAGAAAUGUCUCCACAGCUACUGAACAGACUUUUUUCAAAGUUGUGCACGGACUAUGGAUCCUUGUGACUUUGGUGAUCCCUGGAUUUGUCAGGCAGCACCACCCAAUGGUCACAGUCUUCACGUUGUGCAGUGAAAACUAUUUUAAAAUACAAUGAACUUAACUCUUGAUUCCUGAACCUACAUAUUUAUUGACUGGCGAUCUCCUUACUGCCUUUGCAUGUUCUCCCCGUAUGUGUGUGUGUGUGUGUGUGUGUGUUUUCCAGGUUCUCCGGUUUCCUCCCACAAUCCAAAAACAUGCAGAUUUGGGGAUUAGGAAAAUUUGACACUCUAAAUUCAUAAAGUGGCAGAAGAUGAGUGAGUGAUCUCCUGACCUUUACAUCACUGCUGAGUCGUGAGUUGCCAUAUUGGGGGAAAUGACCCCGACAAUAAUGGACUGUGGUUAAAUGUGGUGCACACAUUCACAUUCACAAGACAAAUUCAAAUUAAUUUGUGAUCAGUUCAUUUCAGUGCAGUCAUUGCUGUAGGAAACACUUAAUGCAACAUUUUAGUUGCAGUGAAUGUGUCCCUUAGAUUUUACCUGGUGAGUUGUAAAUAUUAUAUCUUUUUGUUUCUUAUUUAAUCACUGUUAUUGCAAUGCCCCUGUGAGAUUUAUGCAGGAAAUUGCAUUAUUAUCGAGUAGAGAUAACCUUUGGUAUUUCUAGAUAGAUAGAUAGAUAGAUAGAUAGAUAGAUAGAUAGAUAGAUAGAUAGAUAGAUAGAUAGGUUUUUUUACUCUGCAGCCCCACUAGAUGCCAGCAUUGGCCUAGAUAACUUUAAUUCCUCAGAUGCAUCUGUUUCAUGCACACAUCAUCAUUCAUCAUUAGCUAUUUUAGUGUAACUUGACAAAAAAGAAUCACAAAAGUCCUUUGAAUAUCAACAACCUCCUGCUUAAAAAUUCCCAACAGCCCUCAGGAGUUUAUUUUAAGACCUCAGUCUAGAGUAAUAAUAGAAUAACUCCUUAUCAUCUAUUUUUACUCCUGACUUCCUGCAUGUCUACACCAUGAUUGUCUCAAAAUUAAUUGAUUCAAAAAUGAAAUACGAACGAUAAAUAAUUCAUACACUUACCAGCCGCUAUAUCAGGUUGUUCCAAUGCUUACUAACACAAAUAUCUAAUCAGCCAGUGGUUCUGCCCACGUUCAAACCAAGCAUCAGAUUGGGGAAGAAAUGUGAUUUAAUUGACUUUGAAUGUGGCAUGGUAACCGUGUGUCUGACAGACUGCUGAACCAUCUCUAAAGAAAAUAUCCAGAAAAUGUAUUGUCGAUGCCAGAGGUCAGAGGAGAAUCACCAGACUGGUCAGACAUGAUAGAACCAUCUGUCUUUAUAAGCUUCUGUUAUAAAUUCUGUUACUUUCUACAUUUCACAUUCUGUAUUUUCUUUGUUUUGAUGAAAGGAAAAAUACAGCAGCAACAUCAGCAUUAAAGAUAUAAAAGGCAUAUAAAAACAUGAUUAAAAACAUUUAAAUAGAGAGUUAAAGGAAAGAGGGGAGAAACAGGAAAUUAAAAGAGACUAAAAGUUGCAGUUACAGCUGAGGCGCAGCAGUGAUGAUUUCAUUUUUAUUUAAACAUGUCCUGCGGUGCGUCCUGGGUUUGAUUUGUAUUUGAGUUUUUCCUCACUCGAUGUGAGUGUCUAAGGAUAUAAAGGUGUCACAUGCUGUAAAGCCAUUUGAGGCAAAUUGUGUUUGUGAUGUUGCGCUAUAUAAAUAAAAUUUGAC